AAAACAAAAACAAAAAACUUGAAAUUGAACCUGCAGCGGCGCAAAUUUGGCAGUGGCAGCGACCACGGCGUAGUCCUCGCCGGCCAUUGAAGAGGAACAAGACACCCGCCAAUUUCCGUCGUUCUCAGGUAGUUGAAAAUUUCAGCACAUCCAUGACGACCAAUUAUGAUUCCCAUUGAAAGAAACAGACUCUAAAGCCAAAUAAAAAGAAAUGAGUGUAUCGGAAUUACCAACUAAGGAGGCUAACGUCCUCAAGGGGCAUGAAGGUGCAGUUCUAGCCGCGAGGUUCAAUGCAGAUGGCAAUUAUUGCCUCAGCUGUGGCAAGGACCGCACUAUUCGCCUUUGGAAUCCUCACCGUGGUAUCCACAUUAAGACCUACAAAUCACAUGGCCGUGAAGUCCGUGAUGUCCAUGUCACCCUAGACAACUCCAAGUUAUGUUCUUGCGGUGGUGAUCGGCAAGUCUUCUAUUGGGAUGUAGCUACAGGUCGUGUAAUUCGAAAGUUCCGUGGUCAUGAUGGCGAGGUGAAUGCUGUGAAAUUUAAUGAGUAUUCUUCUGUAGUAGUCUCAGCAGGCUAUGAUCAAUCAUUGCGUGCUUGGGAUUGCAGAUCCCACAGCACUGAGCCAAUUCAGAUCAUUGAUACAUUUUCAGACAGUGUAAUGUCUGUUUGCUUAACAAAAAGUGAAAUUAUUGGAGGAAGUGUUGAUGGCACAGUUCGAACAUUUGACAUACGAAUCGGCAGAGAAAUAUCAGAUAACUUGGGGCAGCCUGUAAACUGUAUCUCCAUGUCCAAUGAUGCUAAUUGCAUAUUAGCUAGUUGCUUAGAUUCCACUCUCCGUCUAUUGGACAGGUAUUCUGGCGAGCUAUUACAGGAAUAUAAAGGCCAUACUUGUAAGUCUUACAAGCUGGAUUGCUGCCUUACCAAUAAUGAUGCACAUGUAACUGGCGGAUCUGAAGAUGGAUACAUUUAUUUUUGGGAUUUAGUAGAUGCAUCUGUUGUCUCCAGUUUCCGAGCCCAUUCCUCUGUUGUGACAAGUGUGAGUUACCACCCGAAAGAUAAAUGUAUGAUAACUGCAUCGGUAGAUGGGACGAUUCGGGUUUGGAAGACAUGAGAGGAAGAACACGAAUUUCUUCCUCAGCUUAUAAUGCACAUUAUGCUCUGAGGUUCUGCAGAAUGCCAAUCAAAACUCAAAUAUAAUAUCUGGUUGGUUUUUGACUAAUCCAAAGCCUCUCUAUAUUCCAACCUUGUCUUUGAUGAUGAGUUUCAACUAAAGCUCAUAAAGUUGUUUGUUGUCGAUAUGAAUUUCAAGCUCCGAUUAUGAAUCCGUAAUUUGUAAAUUAGACGACGUCUUUUUUGCACAUUCAUUGACCCUUCAAGUUGAAGUUUUCAUCUUUCAUAUCAGUCUCAGAAUCAACAAUCAGAUCAUUUGAUAUCCUUUGCAAAGUCAAAUACAUGGUUGAUUCCUUAAAUCUGGUGUACCAAAUUUACAAGAAUGGAGUGGGCGUUGCAUUGGCCAACACUGACAAAAAGAAGUAAAUGCAAAAUUGUGUUGAACAGAAGUCAGUAGUUGGACCUGCCUUCUAAAUUCAAUAAAUUUCCAUCAUAAUUUCAUCUGGAAA